AUGCUGCCCCUCGCGUUCGUUGCAGCGGUGGCCUUGGCCCCCAGCGUGGCCGGCACAUCUGGGCGACGCCGUUAUUACGAGUUGGCGUACCCAUCCGAGGUCCAAGCAGCAGACGGCGAGUACACGCUCGAGAUGGGAGAGGGCCUGCUUCUCCCCAAUCUGGCGACGCGCGUGUACGUCAACGGGCCGACGUUCCGCAUGAAGCCGGGCGAGUCUCUCCGCAUCAAGCUACAAAACAGUUUGUCCGCCGAGCACAAUGUCGGCUGCGACGUCACAGGGACAGAGUACUGCGAGGCGUCCACCACCAACCUUCACACGCACGGCCUGCACACCUCUCCUUCGGGCCCGAACGAGCUUGGCGUCUCUGGCGACGACGUGUCCCUGGCGGUGGAGCCUGGCGCAAGCCAGCAGUACGAGUUCACCAUCCCGGAUUACCACAUGGGCGGCACGCACUGGUACCACCCGCACCACCACCACGCCACCGCCCUUCAGGCGGGUGGCGGGGCCGCUGGUGCGCUCAUCGUCGACGACCCUCCUGGCUACCUGCCCGAGGUGUACGCCAGCAUGGUCGAGAAGGUCCUCGUCAUAUCGAACCACAACCUGGCCGCGCUCGAGAACAUCGCCCAGAUGGCGCAUUCCGGUCUGCUGGAGAACGCGUCUGCAAUCGCGGCGGCCGAAGGGUACGCCAAGAACAUCUUUCUCGUGAACGGCCAGCUCGCUCCGACCAUGAGCAUCAAUUCCCACGUGUGGUACCGCCUGCGCACCGUCUUCGCGGCGGUGCAGCAGGGCCUCAGGCUGCACGUGGACCCGAGAGAAAACGGGCUGGCCAACUGCUCGUGGUACUUGAUCGCAAAAGACGGCGUCUACCUCAACGAGAUCCCGAGGAAGAUCGACAAAGCCGACCUCGUUCCUGGGGCCCGCGCGGACAUCGCCAUGUCCUGCACCUGUGCGACGUACCCCUGCAGAGCGGUUCUGAGGUCCCAACCGUUCCCCACAGACCAGAUCUCCCGCAGGAUGUCAGACCCUCAGACGACCACCGAUGGGCCCGCGACCACCGUCGAACCCGGCGCGGAUGGCCAGACCAACGACGCUCCCACAGACGAUGCCACCGCCGAUGUGGCAGAAGUGACCGUCCUUAAGAUCAUCAUCACGGAGACGGCCGACGGCACGGUCAAGGAGCUCCCGGUGUUCUCGCCGGACCGCCCGUGCUAUCUUGCCGACCUGCGGCAGGCGGCUUUGCCGAGCGGGCAGUCGGGGGCGCACAUGGUGCUCUCGGGCCCCUUGCGCGCGGUCACCUGGGACGGGGAAGGCAAGAGCAUGACCUACCAGAACAUGAAGGCUGGGAACAAUGGGACUGGUUACACCAUUCGAAGAAGUGGCCGCCGAUCACGGACUUUACUGUCGGGUCGGUGUACGAGUGGAGUGUCUCUUUCAAUGGACAUCCGCUGCACCUGCACGUGA